AUGCCGUCCGGCACGGGCAAGACUGUGUCGCUGCUGUCGCUCAUCACGUCCUACCAGCUCGCCCACCCCGAGGUCGGCAAGCUCGUCUACUGCUCGCGCACCGUGCCCGAGAUCGAAAAGGCGGUUGAGGAACUGCGACGAGUGGUCGCCUAUCGCGAUCAGGAGCUGGGGGACGAUGCGCCCAAGUUCUUGGGACUCGCCCUCAGCGCCCGGCGCAACCUGUGCAUUCACCCGCAGGUGAGCCAGCACACGCAAGGCGUCGUCGUCGAUUCCAAAUGUCGCGGCCUCACUUCGUCAUGGGUCAGAGCAGAGGCGGACAAGUACAGAGGGCUGCACGAAGAGACGACCGACGGCCAAGGCCGGCGCAGCGUCGGUCCCGUGGAGCUGUGCGACUUCUUCGAAGAAUACGAGAAGAACGGACGGGACGUGCUCUUGAACGGCGUGUACUCGCUGGGCGACCUGAAGCAGAUCGGGAGGGAGCGCGGGUGGUGUCCCUACUUCCUCGCACGGCACCUCAUCAACUUUUCGCACGUCGUCAUCUACAGCUACCAGUACAUCAUCGACCCCAAGAUCUCGGACCUGGUCUCGAAAGAGUUCAAGAAGAACUCCAUCGUCGUGUUCGACGAGGCGCACAACAUCGACAAUGUGUGCAUCGAUGCGCUUAGCGUCAACAUUGACAAGCGAAUCCUCGGCGCAUCGGCCAGAAGCGUGAAGAACCUUUCCACGAACAUCACCAGAAUCAAAGCCACGGACGCGGACAAGCUCAAGAAGGAGUACAACCGGUUGGUGGAGGGCCUGUCCGGAAUCGCGCGCAUCGCAGACGAAGCCAAGGCCGAUCCAGUGUUGCCUGACGAUGUCAUCCAGGAGGUGAUUCCGGCCAACAUCCGCAAGGCGGAGGACUUCAUCGACCUGCUCAAGCGGUUCCUUCAGUACCUCCAGGCGCGGCUCAACACCAAGCAGGUGAUCAGCGAACCGCCGCUCGCCUUUCUACAGAGCUGCCAGGAGGCCACCAAGAUCGUACCCAAAACACUGCGAUUCUGCGCUGGUAGGCUCUCGUCGCUGCUUAGGGCGCUGGAGAUAUCGGACACAGCGGAGUACCAGCCCCUCGGCGUGGUGUGCGACUUUGCCACUCUCCUCGGGACCUACCAGAAGGGCUUCUCCCUCAUCAUCGAACCUCGAAGUGACGAAGAGGUGGAGAACAACACAAUCCUGCAGUACACGUGCCUCGACGCAUCGAUCGCCAUGCAGCCCAUCAUCCGCCGCUUCCGGUCGGUGGUGAUCACCUCGGGGACCCUGUCUCCGCUGGACAUGUACCCACGCAUGCUCAACUUUAUGCCGGUCGUCACCGAGCGGCUCGGAAUGAGUUUGAACCGCGAUCAGGAGGUGAUCAGCACCAAAUUCGAAGGCCGCAGGGAUCCCUCCGUGCUGCGCAACUACGGCGCGCUCCUGCUCCAGUUCACCACCGUCGAGACGGUGUCGGUCUGGGACGAGAUCGGCAUCCUGCGGCAGGUGGUGCAGCACAAGCUCCUCUUCGUGGAGACGCCCGACUCGGUGGAGUCCUCCCUCGCGCUCUCCAACUAUCGGUGUGUGAUCCUGUUUGGCAUUCCCUACAUGAACACGCAGAGCAGGAUACUGCGGGCUCGCUUGGAGUUCCUGCGCGACAACUACCAGAUCCAGGAGGCCGAGUUCCUCACCUUUGACGCCAUGCGCACUGCCGCGCAGUGCGUGGGUCGAGUCAUCCGCGGCAAAAAGGACUACGGCAUCAUGGUGUGGGCCGACAAGCGGUACAAUCGACUGGACAAGCGGUCGAAGAUGCCCCAGUGGGUGUCCGACAACCUGCAGCAUUCGCACCUCAACCUCUCCACGGAGAUGGCGGUGAGCUUGGCGCGCACUUUCCUGAAGGAGAUGGCGCAGCCAUUCUCGCUCACGGCGCAGUUGGGCAAGGCGCUGUGGACGCUGGAAAUGGUGGAAAAGCAACCCACCAGCAAGAAGCCCACCCACAUCGCACUCACAACCGCUGCCACCUCUCCUUCCUACGAGGGCGACGACCAGCAGCAUCCGCCUUCCUCUUCCUCAUCCUCAUCCACAUGA